UUCUCAUCAACAACAAAAACACAAGCUUAAAAAACAAAACUCAACUAAACACCCAAAAAGAAGCAAACACAAUGGCUUUCGCUUUGAGGUUCUUCACAUGCCUUGUUUUGACGGUGUUCAUCGUUGCAUCAGUAGAUGCAGCAAUCACAUGCGGGACAGUGGCGAGUAGCUUGAGUCCGUGUCUAAGCUACCUAUCAAAAGGUGGGGUGGUGCCACCUCCGUGCUGUGCAGGAGUCAAAAAGUUGAACGGUAUGGCUCAAACCACACCGGACCGCCAACAAGCAUGCCGGUGCUUACAGGCCGCUGCAAAAGGGGUUAAUCCAAGUCUAGCCUCUGGCCUUCCUGGAAAGUGUGGUGUUAGCAUCCCCUAUCCCAUCUCCACGAGCACUAACUGCGCAACCGUCAAGUGAAAUUUGGGAUUACGACAUCAUUGCCUGAAGAGUAUGGUUUAGCAUAACUAAAAUAAAAGACGGCUAUCUAAGCUGAUAUUUACCAUGUCUUUGUUUGUCUCGCUCUGUAAUCUUUUGCUUUAUUAUGUUAUAUCUUAACAUGUUUAAGAUAUGAUAAUAUAUAGUACCGGUACCU